GACAGGGCACCCAGGUUCAUGCCAAGCAGAGUGGGGACGAAGCCGGCUGCAGCUCCGGGGCUGGUUGGGCUGUGCUGGGGGAACCAUUGUGUGGGCAGCUGGGCUCCUGCAUCCUUCUGCACAUGGAGCACGUCCUCCUGGGCUGGGUGCUGCUGCUCGGCACCUGGACUGCUGCAUCGGCUGCCGGCAUUAAGAACAGCCAGAUCAAGGAGGUGGCGAUGGACACGGCCCCCAACUCCUUUGAUGACCAGUACCAGGGCUGCAUCGACUUGAUGGAGGCUGAGCUGCCGGAGCUGAACCGCACCGAGUUCAACAUCUACGCCCAUGACUGGAGAAGGGCAGCUGCGGAAUGGCAGAGCCGAUGGGGCCGAGCUGCCCGCCCACCAGCACUGAGACGGGAUCAGGCCACAGCCAUGCUGGCAUACAUGAUACAGGGGAACCUGUACCACCAGUUCAACAACGCCACGCUCACGGCUGGGAGCUCCCGGCAGCACUACCUGAGCUCCUACCCCUUCAAGACGCUGCAUUUCCUCCUGAGCAGAGCCCUGCAGACCCUGCGGGAAUCCCAGACCCAGCGAUGCUUCCAGGUGUACCGCGGUGUCAGGGGCAUCCGCUACACAGCACAGCAAGGCCAGGUGGUUCGCUUUGGCCAGUUCACCUUCUCGUCCCUCCAGAAGAACCUCCCCAGUGCGUACGGUCCAGACACAUUCUUCUCGGUGGAGACCUGCUAUGGUGUGCCUCUCCAGAACUUCACCACAUUCCCAGCCGAGGGCAAAGUCCUCAUCCCAGCCUCUGAGCGCUUCAGGGUCACCAGCAUCACCCAUAACAAAGGCCUUACCUCCAUCCAGCUCCGCUCCCAGGGGAACAACAGCACCUACAACUGCGAGUUGGUGAAGGGUAAGGGCUGCGAGCGCAUUCGGGGCAGGGGGGCAGG